CUCCUCAGAUCUCAUCUCACGGAUUUUUGCAUGACUGUAUUCCACCGACUUCAAAGCUCCGUGCCUUAUAUAAGGGCACGGUGUCCUUCCCUUGGCUCCUCCUCAAAACGCCCACCAUUCCACCUCUUCGCUCCACUACGCACCCCAUGAUCACAGACUCAAAUCUGUUACACGCCAAUUCGCGCUCCGUUGUCGCUCGGCCAUUGAAGAGAGGGAGAGCAUGUAUGAACUGCAGGUUCCUCAAGAUUAAAUGCGAUGGCGUGAAACCAAUAUGUGGACCUUGUCGCAAACAUCCCAAGGAUGACGAAUGCGAAUACACCGACGGCCCCGUCCGGUCCCGGACGAAGGCUCUAGAAGAUACGGUCCAGCGGCUCGAGGCGCGAUUACAUGAGCUCGAGCAUCCAGACGAAUCGACGCCCUCCGUGACGCUCUUCGACCCAUACGCGUGCCAGGCACCCCCCGCACCGCUCCAGCUCCCGUCUCGCCCCCAUCCGGCUUCGUCCCGGUCGCUCCCGAAUUCCCCGUACGACCAGGUCCCGCGAUUACUGUCGCCGUCAGGAUCGUCCCCGGAGUCGCAGGGGUACACUCAGCUGUCGGCGUGGUCACCCCCGUCGACGCACGGCUCGAGCCCGCUUAUCUUUGAUGGCAGGAGUAUCGCGACUCCAGAGUCCAGUACUUCAAGCCUUGAUUUCCAAGACCAGCCGAUGCAUGACUCGUUCUUACAUACGUUUCUGAAGCACGGGUCCCAAUUCGGCUUCUUCCUCGACCAGACGCGAUUCCGGCAAGCGGUCGUUCGUCAGCCCGCGUCGCCCGAUGGGAGCGUGGCCGUCGGACCCGGCCUGGCCCCCGCCCUGCUACAGACAGUGUACAUGUGGGGCGCCCACCUCUCGGGCCAGCGCGACGAGCGGUUCAGAUACAAGGCGCUGCAGGCCGUGGCGACGGACAUCCUGUCAAAUCCGCUCCUGCAGGUGCUGCAGGCCGAGGUGCUGCUCGGGUACUACUUCUUCCGCACGGGCCACUUCCUCGAAGCGCGCGCCCACAGCGCGACGGCAGCGGCCCUGGCAAUCGGCGCGGGCCUGCACGAGAUCCGCUCGGUGCAGCAGCCGGCGCUGCCGAUGCUGACGAUCAACGAGCAGUUCGUCGAGAGCGGCGUCCUGCUGCCCCCGCCGGCGGAUGUGGUCGAGGAGGGCGAGCGCAUCAACGGGUUCUGGGCGGUGUUCAUGCUGCAGAAGUACCUCGCCGUGGCGCUCGACCCGCCGUCACGCGUCUGCAGUGUGUUUAAGGUCGCCGGGGGCGCCAUUGUUGAUACGCCGUGGCCCCGGGGGAUGGACGAGUAUAGACAGGUGCGUACAUCGCAACUGCCGCAGGGCCAAAUUUGGGACAGCGGUCCGCUGACAUUGAUCCGCAGGGAUUGCUGACUUCCGAUGUUCGAGGAGACGGCACGAUCCGAAAUUUUCUCGGCCAGUUUGACGCCUUCGAUUCUCCCUCGCUGCCGGCGCUCCAAGCCAAGGCUUGUGUGUUGCUGCAUCGGGCAGUGCACCUGCACGGCCAAUGGACGCUGGCUAGCAUGCCCGGCCACAAUCAAGCGCUAUCGAAUGCCGUCCAGGCCGUCGACAGCCUCAUCAACUCGCUGCGCUCGCAGCUCCCGGAGUCAGCCAUGCUGUCCCCCACCACAGCCGGCACAGAGACGACGCGCACGCUGCUGUUGACGCGAUCUCUUCUGAACGCGGCGUCGAUCAAACUGCACAGCCUCUUCAUGAACGAUCCAAGCUCGCGCGAAUACUGUCUUGCUUCUGCCCGGGAUAUGUUUGACUUUGGGUUCGCAUCGAGCGAGCACGACCUGAGACGAGGUCUGGGCUACCUGAACCCCAUCAUGGGGAGUCUCUGGAUGACCGCCUGUUCUGUGUUCGUCGAGGAAAUCAAGCGCCUCCGCUCGUCGUUCGACUCCGCAUCACGUGCAAAGGAAGAGGAGGUGUACUGCAGUCUCCAGGACGGCAUGCACGCCUUGAAGACCUUUGCAGCUGAGAGCCUGCUUAUGCGUGAGUGGUCAUCCAUGUGAGAGGGCUUUGAAUCGCUGUGAGCGAGGGACAACCUGGGCCACGAAUGAUAUACCCUUUUUCGGAUGGAUUUGCCAUAUAUCCGUACAUGGUCAAGAACACGCUGGCCCAGUAUCAGGCGCUGUUGUAUCGCUACCCCAAGGUGUAAUAACAUUAAGCAUCGCACGAACUGUUGUAAUAUAUUGUAGCCAACUGUACUUUACUGUACGUUUACACUCCUUCGGCACCACACACCCGGAUUUCUCUCUCUCAUGGGACCACUAGACUCUACUGUACCUACCUUUUGUUAAUCACUACUGCGCACUAAAAGUACAUACUUAUUACAUUACACCUUUAGUAGCCGAUCAAUCAUAUGAACCACCAUCUUCGUGUAAUCGAGGCAUAUUUGAUUCCCCGUCCGUGUCCUGACCAGAUCAUCUGAUAUUGCUGCGGAAACAAUCCAGUUCAAGGCGGUCCGAGCGAGCGUUUCACGCACGUAAUCUGUCUGUCGUGAUGUCUCCCGCCACAGCUUUGAGAGACGAAUACACUGUCCACGUCUGCAAAAACGGAACCCGCGUGUAGAUCGAAGCCGGGUUUUCCGUUUUACCGACCGCAGCGAUCCGCUGCGUUGCUGUGUUGAAGUUGAGGAGACGUGCGUUUCAGCGGGGACGGAAGACCGGGUCGCGGGGGAGAGGAGGUGCUGGGCCGUGAAUCUCAUCGCCCAGGAAUCUUGCUUUGAGCCUGAGAUGCCUGAGCGAUGCUGUUAAUUUUGGUUGGUGUGAUUCUGGGCUGACGCCGAGAUCGUGUGCAGUGUCAGAAUUCUUGGGUCGUGGGUUCGCUUUUGGCG